CGACUCAACGUUGACCUUCCUCUCGUCAACCCCACGUACGGGAUGCAUAUGCAUGCUUACGAAAUGUAGAAUAGAAGAUCUCUUUUAACGCUCGAUCUUCAGUUUACUGUGCACAAGCAGGUUGAGUGGGAACAAUGGUGAAGUAUUUCAGCUGUUCAGGCUUUCUGAAAAGCUCAUGGGACCAAGUGUUUCUGGCCUUCUGGCAGCGAUACCCCAACCCCUACAGUAAUCAUGUUUUGACUGAAGACAUUAUAUUUCGGGAAGUCACUCCCGACAACCGGCUCAUUUCCAGACGUCUGUUGACCAAAACAAGCAGAGCUCCUCGCUGGGCGGAGAAGUUUCUGCCGGCUCACAUGGCACAGAAGGCUUUUAUCAUUGAGGACUCGAUAGUGGAUCCUGAGAGCAGAAGCAUGACCACACUGACCUGGAACAUCACCCACGCUCGUGUCAUGGGCAUUGAAGAGCGAUGUGUUUUCAGAGUGAACCCUGACAACAACAACUGGACAGAGAUCAAGAGAGAGGCCUGGAUCUCCUCCAACCUGUACGGCAUCUCUAGAGCUAUUCAGGAAUUUGGUCUUGCCCGGUUUAAGAGCAACGUUAGCAAAACCAUGAAAGGCUUCGAGUUCGUCCUGGCCAGGAUGCAAGGUGAAACACCCACGAGGACUUUGGCAGAAAGCGCAACUGUGAAGGCCCGUGAAACUGCGCUCGCCGCCAAAGAGAAAGCUAAAGAUUUGGCCUCUCAAGCACAGAAGAAGCAGUAUGUAUGAUGGACAUGGCGGGGCAGGCGGCGUGCCUGGACUCUCUCCGAACAGAGCCGUGCCAUUCCGUAAUAUAGAGCAUCAGUUCCCAACCGCUUUCAUCAAGGGCCCUGAAAAGGAUGUAGUUUGGAGCGUCUCUUACGAUUUAACUCAUCAGCUCUUUACUGCUGAAGUACUACAGUAUUUGAAGAACCCACACUAGGUUCAACUAAAAGCCCUCCAGUAAACUUGAUUUAAUGCAGCAACAUCUUCCUCCUUCAAGUCUAAUUUCACACGAGAUGUUUGCAUUUUAGAUGUUUUCUUUACAAAGACUUUCAUUUAAAACUUUACAAAGAAAUGAAUUUAACUUCUCUGAUUAUGAGAACUUUCCAAGAUGGCCAUCUCUGAAUCUUCAAAUUCACUCUGGCUGAGAUCUUGUUUAGCAAUGUUAUUUACUGCUUCAAAUUGAAGUUGUGUCUGCAUUGAUGGGUCCACAGUUCCAGCAGUCUGUGAGAUGUCUGUAGUGUUCUGCAGAAGGGCCUGAUCUUUGGCACUGGAGAGAAUGUGUCUGAUGGUAUUGCAGUGGAUGUCAAUGUCCAUAUACAAAUGUGAAAGUUGUGCUAGACAAAAUGUUAAAUGACUGAAACUGAUUUGUGUAAUGAAAUCGUGAGACAAUGUUUUAUAGCUUUUAACAAUUGUUUGUGAUCAACAGUUAUUACU